AUGAAGAACUACAGCUUAACCUUUGUCGAAAUAGUUAACCGUGACAAGAGCACUACGCGAUGUCAGUGGUAUCAUGAUGCGACAGCCGGCUCUGCCGGCUAUGGAGCCGUGUCCAAUAGGGCGCACAAAGACGUUACGCAGGAGUCGUUCCAUAAUCUGGUGCAUGAGGUUGUGAUCCCAAAGGUCGUCCGACUGACGGGAAACAAAGUGAUCAAGACUACAAUGACGUUCAUCGACGGUUAUGAUUGCUACUACACGACGAAUGAUGCGGGCCAGGUGCUUGUGUGCUUUGCGUCGGUAGGUACGCCCAAAAUCCUGCCUCUGCGCGCGCUGACGAGGCUAAAGGCGAUGGAGACCUCCGACGAUGCGGUGCUGCACCGGAACUUGGACGCAAUACUCAAGGAAUUCCAUCAGGAGCUGUUAUCAUACCACGAUCCCACCAGCAGCAACGCCACAGACCAAGACCUGCAGACCAUUGUCAGUGUGAUGAACGACAACAUCGACAAGUUUCUGCAGCGCCAGGAGCGCAUUUCCCUGCUGGUAGACCAGACGUCCCAGCUGAACCAAUCCAGCUUCAAUUUCCAGCGCAAGGCUGUCCGCAUUAAGCGCAAGAUGUGGUGGAAUAAUAUAAAGUUCUGGACCGUUAGCGUGUCUGUUGGCCUCUGUGCCCUAUUUAUACUAUGGAUGAUACUACAUAUAUAG